GGGAGAGAGAGAGAGAGAGAGAGAGAAAUUGUGUGUGAUCGAGUAAGCGCAGAAGGGAGAGAGAAGAGGAGAGAGCGCAGGAUAGCAAGAAAAAGAAGCUAGAGCUGAGAGGUAGAGAGUCGCAGGAGGAAGAGGGAGAAUGCACGGUGUCUGGGUAACACUUCCACGCUUGUAUCCAGGGCCUUUGUGAAUACACCAUGGGAUGCAUUGGCUCCAGGAGACUGACGGUGGAUGGCGUGCCAGUCCAGAAGGAUGGGGAGCAGCAUGGACGUUCAGAAUUUUCAUGGGAAGGAAUCAAUCUGUCUAUGGAAGACACCACAUCAAUCCUGCCACGGCUCAAGAGGAACUCAAACGCCUACGGCAUCGGGGCUUUGGCUAAGUCUUCUCUGUCAGGUGUGUCAGGUGUGUCACGCACUAUGAAAGAGCGGGUGACCAAGCCCACAGCCAUGGCCCAGGGUCGAGUCGCUCACAUGAUUGAAUGGCAGAACUGGAGCAUGACGACGGUGGGUCCUGGGGGCAUCCCCCAGUCUCGCAUCACCACCCAGGAGCGGGAAAAGGAGCGUCGGCUGGAGAACGAUGCUUACAGCGACCUCAGUGACGGAGAGAAGGAGGCCCGUUUCACUGCAGGUAUCCUGCAGCAGUUUGCAAUCUCGGAGGCAACACUCCUGGCCUGGUCAUCGAUGGAUGGAGACAGUCCGCGGUCGGGCUCAAACCAGGGCAGCGUGGCUCAUCUGAGCGAGGUCAACCAGGAGAGCAUAACCAGUCGAGAUCAGAUACUACACCACUCCUCAGCAGAGGUGUGGCCUCACACGUACGUCUCCCAGGGCCACUACUGCCUCUCCUCCUCCGACGCCUGGGAGCCCAUCAACAAUGAUCCCUCUGGUGUAGCGUCUCCCCCUGCUGGAUCCUUCGUUAUGGGGACUGAGGGGUAUGAUGGGCAGGUGGCGGCUCACUUCCUGUCGCAGCAACAACAGCAGCAGCAGCAGCAGCAGUUCACUCUCCAGCAGCAGAGCCAAAUCCAGCAGCUGCAGCAGAUCCAUCAGAUCCAGCACUACCAGCAACAGCAGCUCCUACAGUAUCAGCAACAACAGUCACUGGAGCAGCGGCUGCACAGUGCCAACCACUCUUUGCAAGCGACGCCCAACAGCACCAUCCACAGUCUGGUCCAUUCCGCUCACCCUCCAUUGGUUGAUCUGUGGAACACGGGGCAGAUGGAGACCUAUCCGACAGAGGCCGGAGGCUUUAUGGGUGUGUCGGCGGUGGUGGAGCCGAGCCUGUGUGUUCCCACUGGGGAGGAGAUGGUGGGGACGGAACACUCCCCGCUGCUGGAGCAGCAUGAAGAGGAGGAGGAGGUCAAGGAGGAGGAGGUGACACUGUGCAUGGAGCCAGAGUCGGCCAUGUUGACUCCACCCACGCAACAAGGAGACGCCUCUGGUGGAAGCAGUCCGGGGCAACCGCCUUCAGAGCCAAUCACAGAGCGGAAGGCCUCCGAUGUCAGCUCCGGCUUUGUUCAGACACUAGUGGAGAAGGACGAGGACGGACCCGCCGCUUCCAUGGCAACCAACUAAGCUCCUGGCUGUCAUGGGACUCCUUAUAACAAAAACUGACCGGGGAGUCAGCGAGGAAUGAGCGUAAUAACACAAUAUAUAGCUAUUAAUCUGUUCCCUUUUCAGGUAUCAACAACACGACUUUUUGGUUGCAAGAAAAAUUCUUGGUAACUGGUGAGAAAAGGAUUUAAAAGUGGACUCACAAUGAGACAAGAGCUGAUGCAACAAAGGACACCCAUUUCUUUGUAAGCCUUACAUCCCAAAGGUAACCGAGGAGAGGAGUGAGGAUACAGUGACUGAGGAGGAGGAGUUAGAGGAGCACCCAAUGAUGGACACAUUUCCAUUAGAGAAAUGAAAAUGCAUUGAGAGGCAGAAGAGGGGAACAGAAACAUGCAUGCUUUUUGUGAAGACAAGCAACUUGACCCUGUCAUCGUCUUAUAAUAAUAAUAACGAAAAUCGACCAUAAGACAACAUUAUAAUAGGAAUAAUUUUGUAAGAAAUCAAAAAAGGAUAAGAGAAAAAUCUAUGUAUAAGUGUACUAUAAGAUAAAAUGUUUUCCUAUUGGAGAACUACUCUAUUUACAGCUGUAAAUCAACAUGUUAGUGUUUAAUCAAAUUUAUUUCCCUGUCGCAUCGAACACACUCUGUAUACUUUUAAAAUGCAAUCCCAAACAAUUCCACAUGUAAUUUAAGUAGGCUCAGAAAAUGUCCGCAUUUCAGUGAAAUGCAGAUUAACCCUCAGAAAUAAAUCGAUGUUAUGGCACCAGGAUGCCCGAGGCACAACCCAGGGACAGGCCUGUCCUGCUGACUGCACACACCGAACCCUGCACAGAUAAGGAUUGUACUGUAAGAUAGUGUGCUUCCUACUCUGUCUCUCUGUAUGCAUGUUUCUUCAGAGUACUAUGGAGUACCUGUACUAUACAGCACUGUAUAGACUUUGCACUGAACCAUAGUAACCCAGGUAGGGCCGCAGUGGGCCUGCGGUGAAUUUUGUGACGGAGAUGUAAAGACAGAGAUGCUUAAGCGAAAUCUCUUUUGCACUGACGCAAUCCUACAGAUCAGAGGUUGCCUUCGGACGGUCCAUGUUACCCGGUUCCCACUCUGAAAGCUUUCAGCACCAUCGACAACCAAAACCGAGCCACUUAACAACACAAAACCCUCAGCUGCUUGUUUUUUUUUUUUUGUGUCAGAGACAUCAUUGAGAUAAAUUGAGGAUAAUAACCACUAUUUGAAUGUACUGGAAGAUAGACGGCAGGACACUAGCAUUUGUUUUUUAUGUCUCCUCAUGGUCCACAUGGGACAGAAUCAAACAUAAGUCUUUAAACUGUGGAAGGAAGGAAAGAAGGAAGGAAGGAAGGAAGGAAGGAAGCUGCUGGAUAUGGAUUCACUGCUUGCUCGCCUAGAGUACCACUACACACACACACACACACACACACACACACACACACACAAAACACACAUAAAUAUCUAAAUUGUAACCAGCAAUAGGCAGGCACAACACUGGCCUCGUGACCAGUGUAAGCUCUGUCACACAGAUGUAAAUAUAUUCUGAGUAUAUUAAAAAAAAUCGCCUCUCACUUAAAGUUGCAACUGUUCUAGUGAAGUAUGAUUUCUUUAUUUUUUUACACCUCUCAGUCCCACUUUAUUUUGGGAUUGCUUUCAAGCUUUUUGGCCUCUUAUUUUUUUUCUUUUUCUCAUGUGAACCACCACAAAUGAAACGGAGGAAUGUUUGUGUUGAAUAUAGAGCCAACAUCAACUCUGUGACAUCAGUCCAUCAGUGGGGACACAAAAAUUCAACAGUAGUAGGUCUGAGUUCACAGGAGGGAAUUACAGCCUGCGUGCCGCUCAAUCAGCCAAUCAGGGAACCGAACAGAAGACUUGGACUGAACACUGGAGCCGAAUAGAUCGGUGUCUUCCUGCUUGUCAUGAUUACUGUGAAGCAGCUGCCUAGAGUGUGAUAGUGAUUCUAACGAUGUUUGAGGAAGCAUGUUUUUUGUUUUUUUUUUGUACUUUUUGUUUGCCUGAGGAGGUACGGGUGUUUUUCCGUUGCGGAGUUGAAAAGAAACCGUUCUAAAAACAUGGACUGGACUGAGUGCACGUCCACUGGGGAACGGUACAACAACAACACACAACCACUAUUUCCAUCUUGUCUCUGUCGGGGAGCACCUUCUCCUCUCACUUUGAUGAUUGUGUGAGAAACUUUCAAGAUAAAAAAAAAACAAACAAAUCUAAAUGGUUUAUUGACUUGAAUGACUUUUAUUUAUCGAUUGCUUCUUUAUGCAAUGUUGGGGAUAAUGUUUAUUUUUCUACUGACUUGUUGAAAUCCCCUCCGGUAUGAGUUAGAAUAGGUGUCCAUGUUGUAAAGCAGUCUUGUUUCUGGCAGGUUUUGAGCACUUUACAGUAAGAAAAAAAAAAAAACACCUUUCUGAAACUUUUGUUUAGAGAUGGAAGUAUGGCAGCUCUUAAUCAUGAAAUCAUUUUGUUUCACAUUAAAACUCCCUGUUUAAUGACUUAUGAGGACUAGAGGCUCAAAACUGCAAACAGAAUGUCUUUACACAAUGGCAUGUAUUCAUUUAUUUAUUGAACAAUUACUCGGCGGGGAAGGAAUAAUGUGAGCUUGUACAGAGUUUUUAAUUUCAUGUAGGUAUAAACCCUUCUGGGAGCAGUAUCUGUUUCUUCAAAAGCCCAAUGAGUCAUCUGAAAGGCUGUGUCUUGUCUGAGUUUGACUAAAACAAGCGACUGAACUUGAUGAAAAGACACUGCUUCUAUCGGGGUUCUUUUUUUGUUUGUUUAAUUUAUCAGCAUUUAAAUGAAUGAAUAAACUAAUAACGAGAAGCCAAAUAUAUUCCUGUGGAUGUUUAGGUUUUCUGAUCACAUCUUUGUUAACUGACAGGUUUUCAAAUGAGUUCCUCUUUUUGUAUGAGUUUACUGCCAUUUUCCAAGAGUUACGGUAAACUGUCAGCAGGCAUGACACUCAAAAUCGGCUUCUGGUCCUCUGCCUCUCUCCUUCUCUCUCUAUUUCUAUCUCUUUGUACCUGUUCUGUAUAUCUGUGUCUGUCUGUUCGUCCGUCUGUCUGUGUAGAGUUAGUUGUCUGCUGUCUUUUUGGAAGAAUCACUGCCUGAAAAAAAAACAUGUUUUCACAUCAACCAAAGGGGAUUUUGAGGCAAUCAGACGUGUAAUAUAGAUAUAAUUUGGUCAUGUGUGGCAAAAAAAAGUAACCGCUGUACAAAAAAAUGCUGUAAAAAAUUUGAAUGGCUUCUGUAAAAGUCUGUAAAAAUUGGAUAUAUUUGUUUAAAAAUGGGGCAGUGUGACUGGUGAUACCAGUGUAAACUCAUGACACUCACACCUAUGCAUGCUAGUUGGAUGGUUGUCACAGGAUGGUUCUUCCACGGGGUCCCCCCCCCCCCUUACCCCCCUUACCCCCCUUCCUUUAUCCUCUCCUGUCAACAACUCUCUGUUCCUUCCUGUUUCUCUUCCUUUCCCCUUUUUUUCCUGCACGACAGACCUUCAACACCUCUUCCAGCUCCUUUACCUGUCUCCUCUUCUUUUCCUCUGGUAGAGAAAGAGCAAAUAAACCAACAAAUGGCA